CUAGGUGGCACCACUUUCUGCUGUCAAUAAUUGCGAUAAAAACAAACGCCGAGCCGCCGAUUGUGUUAUUAUUCCUUAACAUUUUCAUUAUUAAUUGCUCUGAAAGCAAAAGUAAUCCCGAUAAAGAUUUUAAAAGAUGGAUUUGGAUUCGUCACCUGAUAAGAAACAUCGCCAUCACAAGAAACAUAAACACAAGAAACACAAGAAACAUCGUAAAGGCAUCAAAGAAAUGAGUGAAGCCGAAGAGGGUAGCACAGAACAAGAGAUAGAACUCGAUCAGAUUGAGUACAGCAUGGAUAUGAUCCACGAAGAAGCUGUUACGAUCCCGGCAGAAGAACAUUUUCUCAUGGAUGCUGAGCACUGUGAGGGUGCCCUUGAAGUCAUUGAAGAGCUCGUAGAGAUUGACGUAAAUGCAGACAUUAGUACCAUCAACAUGGAAGAAAUGGUAUUGGAAAACUAUGGCCAAGACUAUGAUGAAUUAGAUGUGGUUGAUGUGGAUGGUGUAGAUGAAGAAAUCCUUGAAGACAUUGAAGAAGACUUACUAGAUGAUGUUGAAGAAUCUGAAGAUGAAGAUUUGGAAGAAGAAGAACAAGAAGAAGAUGAUGAAGAAGAAGAACAAGAACCUAUAGACAACACACCAGAAAAACCCAAACCGGUGGAAGAUUCAUCCAGAAAGAGAGUGAGAGAUCGUUCAAAGAGAACAAGAGAUGAUGGAGAAGGAUCAAGUGGAGAAGAGGCAUGGCUCAAGGCUUUAGAAUCAGGGAAAUUAGAAGAGGUUGACGAUGAACUCAAGAAGAUCAAGAACCCCAAGUUGAUGACUGUUCGUCAACGCGCGCUCUUAGAGCGGAAAGGAGAAUUGCAGAACGAAGAAAUCAUCAAAGAGGAACUUGUAGCUCUGCCAACAGGUUACAAGGAAACCGUGAUGACGGAAGAGUUACUGAAAAAGAAAGCCAUUAAAUCCGAACGACGACGGGAAGUGGCUGCUCAAAAAAGAGAAAAGGAAAAGAAACGAACCAUCGAUCGCCUUCUCUUGAAAAAGGAAAGUAAACUGAACAAAUCCUGUGCUGCGAGUAUUUCGGCUUCGACUUCAUCAGCCUCUGUUUCCGUCCCCAGUCACGUCUCUUCCUAUACGUGGAAACAAACACAAGACGGGGAGAUAACAUUUAGUGUACCUAUUGGAGCUGCUUUUCCACUGGCCCCACAGAGUGUCAAAGAACCACCUGCUCGAGUCAACUGUGGAGUGCAAGGAUGCACUAAUCUCAAGCGCUACUCAUGUUCCAAGACGGCAGUGCCACUCUGUAGUAUCCAAUGUUACCGAAAGAAUAUGACACUGCACAGAAUAUCAUGAUGAUGCGUCUAAUAUAACCAAAAUAAAAAUGUGUUUAAAUAAGAAAAAAAUUAUUGUUUGUGGAAACCGAGGACAAAAGAAUGCGCGCGUGUAUUUGACCUAGCUUUCUUUCUGCAGCGGUCAUCCUCUUGAUUAUUUUGUUUUACAACCAGACAGAUGAUAGAAAAAGGAAAAGGAGAUUAUUUUUCUUUGCAAAAAAGGAGACUGGUUACAUCACGUCGGACCAAAAAAAAUUCUUUUCCAAAAUUCAAAUAUUUUUUCUUCUUCUUGGUUUUUUCCCAACUAUGAUGGUGAGCAAAUGUUUGGACACCACAGAGAAAUAAAUAGGGAAUGGCUCGAGCGACAUGGAAAAAGUUAAAAACUUAAUAGUAGGCCUAAUAGUAAAUAGUAAAGGGGGGAAAAUGCGAUACGAAGCCAAGAAAAUUAUUCUUCCAUUCGUGUUUUU